AUGUCAAAAAUCCUGGAUUUCAAUUUAUCCUGGGGAAUGGUUGUAUAAAGUAUUGAAAAGUAUACUACCACACCUAUGUCAAAGAGGAUGGAAACGGAAACAACAUUACUAACAACUGAAUCAGUUGCUACAAAAAUGCCAAUUAAAGAAACAAAGACAGAAACCAGCUUACAGACAACAGAAUCAGUUACAAUACAAUCUUCAACAGAAACAAAGGCAGAAAUAACUUUACUGACAACAGAAUCAGAUACAAGAAUACCAAUAAAAGAAACAAAGACGGAAACCACAUUACUGACAACAGAAUCAGAUACAAAUCCACCAACAAAAGAAACAAAGACAGAAACAACAUCACUGACAACAGAAGCAGAUACAAAACCAAUAACGAAAGGAAUAAAAACAGAAACAACAUCAUUGACAACAGAAAAAGAUACAAAAAUACCAAUAAAAGAAAUAGAAACGGAAACAUCAUUAUUGACAACAGAAUCAAAUACAAAAAUACAAACAACAGAAUCAAAGACAGAAACAUCAUUAUUGACAACAGAAUCAGAUACAAAAAUACCAACAAAAGAAACGAAGAGGGAAACGACAUUACUGACAACAGAAUCAGAUAUAAAACCAUCAACAAAAGAAACGAAGAGGGAAACGACAUUACUGACAACAGAAUCAGAUAUAAAAAUACCAAUAAAAGAAAUAGAGACAAAAACAACGUUACUAACAACAGAAUCAAAUACAAAACCACCAACAACAGAAUCAAGGACAAAAGCAACAUUACUGACAACAGAAUCAGAUACAAAUCCACCAACAAAAGAAACAAAAACAGAAACAACAUUACUGACAACAGAAUCGGAAACAAUACAAACCACAAAAGAAUCAAAGACAGAAACAUCAUUACAUACAAAAGAAUCAGGUACAAAUGCACGAAUAAAAGAAACAAAAACGGAAACAACAUUACAAAGAGCAGAAUCGGAAACAAUACAACCUUCAAAAGAAAUAAAGACAGAAACAACGUUUCUGACAACAGAAUCAGAUGCAAAAAUGCCAAUAAAAGAAACAAAGACGGAAACCACAUUACUGACAACAGAAUCGGAAACAAUACAUCCUUCAGAAGAAACAAAGACAGAAACAACAUUAAUAUCAACAGAAACAGAUUUAAAUAAACCAACAAAAGGAAUGACAGCAAAAGCAUUGCUUACAAUAAAAUCAAAAACAGAGUUAACCACAAUCAUCGACAAAACAAAACUAGUAUUACAACCAACCGACACUACAGAACAACAAUCAAAAACAAUGGGAAUACAAAAAAAAGGCACAACCAUAACGCAAUCAGGAACAACUGAAGAAGCGGAAACAAACACAAGUACUAAGACAUGGGUUGAAGUAACAACAAUGGAGCAAAAACUGUCAGGAUCAACUGAUCUAGAAAAAACAACAAUACCAGUAUUGGAGGACACAACAUCAAACACAUUGUUAUUAACACAGGAUUCAUGGUCACCGAUCAAAACAGAAUCAGUAGAAGACGUAGACAUAAAUUCAUCAAUGAAAGAAUCAGAAAUGACACUGUCGUCAUUUGAAAGAGUGUCAUCAGCAAAACCAGCAUUGUUUCUAGAGACAACAUCAACAUCGAUUACAAAAUCUUCAACAUUGUCACAAUCAUCAUUGAUGACCGACAAUAAAUUAACACAAAUGCCAACAGAGUCAGAAACAACAACAGAAAUAAAAUUUUCACCAAUAACCCAAACAACGAUAGAGGCAAUAGUAUUAGAAAAAGAAACAACACCAAUGCUAACAGAGACAUCAUCAUCAGAGACAGAACCAAUUAAAGAGAUCCCAUCCUCACCAACAAAAGAAUCAUCAAUAGAGACAGCCUCAUCAUUAAUGACAGAGUCAACAAAAGUGAAAGUGUCAUCUCCUAUGACUGGAUCAACAAUAGAGUCAACAACAAUUUUAGAAAAAGAAGCAACACCUUUGCUAACAGAGGCAGCAUCGUCAUUAAUGACAGAGUCAACAACAGAGACAGCAACAUCAUCAUCAAGGACAGAAUCAGCAAUAGAAACAGCAUUUUCAAAGACAGAAACAUCAUUAAUAUCAAAAUCAACAAUACAAGAUGUAUCAACAACAAAGACAGACUCGACAGAAAGGCAAAAAUCAUCAUCAAUGAGAGAAUCUACAACAGAAACAAUAAUCUCACGAGUCACAGAAUCCACAACAGGCACAGUAUCAUCACCAGUGACAGAAUAUAAACCAGACACAGUAACAUCGCCGAUAAAAGAAUCCACAAGAGAUACAAUAACCUCAUCAGUGAUAGAAUCGACAACAGAUAAAAUAUCAUUACCAAUGACAGAAUCUACAAAAGAAACAGUAUCAUUACCAGUGACAGAAUAUAAACCAGACACAGUAUCAUCGCCGAUAAAAGAAUCCACAAGAGAUACAAUAACCUCAUCAGGGAUAGAAUCCACAACAGAUACAAUAUCAUUACCAAUGACAGAAUCUACAAAUACAAUAUCAUUACCAAUGACAGAAUCUACAAAAGAGACAGUAUCAUUACCAGUGACGGAAUCCACACCAGACACAGCAUCGUCAUCAAUGAAAGAAUCCACACGAGAUAAAAUAACCUCUGUACUGAGAGAAUCCACAACAGAUACAUUACCAUUAUCAAUGACAGAAUCUACAAAAGAGACAGUAUCAUUACCAACGAAAAAAUCCACACCAGACACAGCAUCGUCAUCAAAGAAAGAAUCCACAAGAGAUACAAUAACUUCACCAGUAAGAGAAUCAACAACAGACACAGUAACCUUACCAUUGACAGAAUCCACAGAAGAUGCAGUAUCCAUGAAAAGAUCCACGGCAGAAACAUUAACCCCACCAGUGACAGAAUUCACAAAAGAGCUCGUCUCAUCAUCAAUAAGAGGCUCAACAAAAAAGACAUCAAUGCCGGCAUCAACAACAAGGACACCGACAAUAUCAGAAAAUGAAACAACACCAAUGCUAAAACACACAACAUCACUGUCAAAGACAGAGACAAAAGAAACUGCAUCGUCACCAUUGACAGAAGAAUCCAUAGAAACAGCUUCAUUAUUAAUGAAAAAAUCAACAACAGAAACAGCAUCAUCAUCACCAACGAAAAAUUCAACAAAUGGGACAGAAUCAUCAUCAAAGUCACAAUUCAUAACAGAAACAGACAUCUUACCAGUAAAAGAAAAACAAGAAACAUCAUCAUUGACAGAAUCAACAUCAUUAGUGCCAAACACAGACUUGCCAAUUGAGAAAUUGUCCUCAUCAGUGACAGAAAAAAUAGAAGAAAGAGCAUCACAAUUAAUGACACAUUCAACAAAUGAGACAGAAUUUUUAUCAGUGAGAAUAUCAACAAUUUUAGCUUUAUCAUCAACUACAAAAAUAGGGUCAUCACCAUUGAUAGUAUCAACAGCCGUAGCAUCAUCAUCAAUGACAGAAUCCACAAAAGAUACAGAAUUGUCAUCAAUGACAGAAUCAACAACAGUUUUAGAAUCAUCUUUGGCUACAAAAAGUGGAUCAACACAGCUAAAAGAAUCAAAGACAGAUACGCCAUUUUCACCAAACACAGAAUCAAGAAUUGAGAAAGCGUCAGUAUCGUCAUUAAUAGUAGACCCAACUACAAAAAGAGUAUCAUCACCAAUGACAGAAACAAAAUCGGAGACAAUAUCAUCAACAACAGACCCAACUUCAUUAAGAACAGAAGCAAAUACUGCAUCAUCAUCGUCAACAUUACUUUCAAGAGAAGAAUAUACAACGGGCAGUGACACAGCCCCAACAACGAUGACGUCACAAGACAAACCAACGAAACAUACAACAAAAUCAGGAGCAAUAACGUUAUUGACAGAAGAUGCGACAAUAUCAGCAACAAUUGAAGCAGAAAUAACAACAACAAUAAGAGUAAUUACCACAGAUAUAGAAGAUAAUUCCAUCUCUUCCUGGCCACCAUCGAAAACAACAGAAACAUCAUUAAAAGGAGAGCCAACAAAAAUAUCAUCAAAAGGAAAGUCCUCAAAAGUAACUGCAACAGAAACACCGUCAAUAGCGGUGUCAACAGAAACAUCAUCAAAAGAAGUGUCAAAUGACACAUCAUCAAAAGAAGUACUCACAAAGAAUUUUGUAUCGACAGAGACUUCAUCAAUAGGGAUGUCGACUGAUGCAUUAUCAAUAGGAAUGUCCAAAGAGAUGUCAUCCAAAGGUAUGUUAACAGAGACAUCAUCAAAAGAAGUAUUAACAGAGAAAUCUAUGACAGAAGUGUCAACAGAGCCAUCAUCAAAUGGGUUAUCAAAAGGGUCAUUAUCAACAGGGAUGUUAAUAGAGACAUCAUAUAAAGGGUUUUCAACAGAGACUUCAUCAAGAGAAGUGUCGAAAGAACCAUCAUCAAGACAAGUGAAAGAGACACAAUCAAUAGGGCAGGCAACAAAGACAUCAUCCACAGGAGUGUUUACAGAAUCAUCAUCAAUAGAGCUGUCAAAAGAGACAUCAUCAAUAGAAUUGCAAACAGAGACAUCACCAGUAGGAUUGUCAAUAGAGAAAUCAUCAAUGGGAGUGUCUCAUGAAACUUCAUCAAUAGGCUGGGCGGCAGUGUCAUCAUCAAUAGGGGUGUCAACAGAGACGUCAGUCAGAGUAUCAUCGGACAAAACAAUGUCCAAGAUAUCACCAACAGAGGUGUCAACAGAGACAUCAUCAAUAGGCGAAUCAAUAGAGGCAUCAAUAAAACUGUCAACAGAAACACCAUCAAUAGAACUGUCAACAGACGCAUCAUCAAUAGAGCUUACAAAGAAGACAUCAACAAUAGGUGUGCCAACAGGGACAUCAUCAAAAGGAGUGUCAGUGGACACAUCAUCAAAAGGAGUUUCACCAGAACCAUCAUCAACAGGAAUUUCAACAGGGACAUCAUCAAAAGGAAUGCUGACAGAGACACUAUCAAUAGGGAACGCAAUAGAGACAUCAUCAAUAGGAGUUUCAGCACAAACAUCACCAGAAGACGUGUUUACAGAGAAAUUAUUAAUAGAGUUGUCACCAGAGACAUCCUCUAUGGGGCUAUCAAUUGAGACUUCAUCAAUAGACGUGUCGACAGAGACAUCUUUACAAGGAGUGUCAACAAAAACUUCAUCAAAAGGAGUGUCAACAGAAACUUUAUCAAAAGAAAUGUCAACAGAGACAUUAUCAAAGGGGGUGUCAACAGAGACUUCAUCAAAUGGAAUAUCAUCAGACAUAUCACAAAAUGGGGUGUUAAUAGACAUUUCAUUAACAGGAAUAUCAUUAGAGACAUCAUCAAUAGGGCUGUCAACAGAUACAUCAAUGCGGCAAUCAAAAGAUCCAGUAUCAGUAGGGGUUUCAACACAAACAUUAACAAAAGAACUGUUAACAGAGACAUCAUCAAAGGGGUUAUCACCAGAGACAUCCUCAAUACGAGUGUCAUCAGAGACAUCAUCAAAAGGAGUGUCAACAGAGACAUCAUCAAAAGGAAUAUCGACAGAAACAUCAACAAAAGAAGUGACCCAAUGGACAUCAGCAAUAGGGCUGUCAACAGAGACAUCAUCAGUAGAAGUUUCAUUAGAAACAUCAUCAAAAGAAAUUUCGACAGAGAUUUCAUCAAAAGGGCUGUCAGCAGAGAUAUUUCCAAUAAAGCUAACAACAAAUACAUCUACAAAAGGAGCAUCAAUGGAGACAUUAUCAACAGAAGUUUCACCAGAGCCAUCAUCAACAGGAUUUUCAGGAACGUCAUCAAAAGGAAUGGUGACACAGACAUCAAAAAUAGGGAAGGCAACAGUGACAUCAUCAAUGGGGGUUUCAACACAAACAUCAUCAAAAGAAGUAACAGAGUCAUUAUCAAUGGGGUUGUCACCAGGGCCGUCAACAGAAAGAUCAUCAAUAGACGUGUCCACAGAGACGCUAUCAAAAGUAGUGUCAACAGAGACUUCGUCAAAUGGAAUGUCAAAAAAGACGUCAUCAAGUGGAGUGUCAACAAAGACAUCCUUAAAAGGCAUGUCUUCAGAGAUAUCAUUAAAAGGGUUGUUAACAGAGACAUCAUCAACAGGAAUGUCAACAGAAACAUCAUCAAUUGCGCUGUCAAAAGAUACAUCAAUCGGGCCGUCUAAAGAGGCUUCAUCAAUAAGGGUUUCAACACAAACAUUAUCAAAAACACUGUUUACAGAGACAUCAUCAAAAGGGUUGUCACUAGAGACAUCAUCAGUAGGAGUGUUUAAAGAGACAUCAUCGACAGGAUUAUCAACAGAGACAUCAUCAAAUAGAAUUCCCACAGAAACAUCAACAAAAGAAGUGUCCCAAGGAACGACAUCAUUAAGGUUGUCAACAGAGACAUCAUCAUUAAGAGUUUCGUUAGAAAAAUCAUCAAAGAAAAUGUGGACAGAGACAUCAUCAAUGGGGAUAACAAUGAAUGCAUUAACAAUAGGAUUGUCAACAGGAACGUCGUCAAAAGGACUGUCAAGGGAGACUUCAUUAAAAUCAGUUUCAUCAGAGACAUCUUCAACAGGUAUGUCACCUAUAGGGCUGUCAACAGAAACAUCUUCAAAAGAAGUGUAUACAGGGACAUCAUCAAAAAGAGUGUCAACAGAGAAUUCGUUAAAGGGAAUGUCAUCAGGGAUAUCAUCAAUGGUGCUCUUAACAGACACAUCAUCAACAGGGAUGUCAACAGUAACGUCAUCAAUACCACUGAGAACAGAAACAUCAAUUGGGUCGUCUAAAGAAGCAUCAUCAGAAGAGAUUUCAACACAAACAUUAUCAAACAUACCAUCAAUAGAUACAUCAUCGAUAGAUGUGUCAUCAGAGACAUCAUCGAUAGGAGUGCCAUCAGAGAUAUCAUCAAAAGAAGUGUCAUCAGAGACAUCAUCAAUAGCGCUGACAACGAAGACAUCAACAAUAGGAUUGUCUAUAGGGACAUCAUCAAAAGGAGUGUCAACAGGGAUGUCAACUGUAACGUCAUUAGUAUCGCUGUCAAUAGGUCCGUCAAAAGAGGCACCAUCAAAAAAGGUUUCAACACAAACAUUAUCAAACGUACCAUCAACAGAGACAUCAUCGAGGGGAGUGUCAUCAGAGACACCAUCGAUAGGUGUGUCAUCAGAGACAUUAUCUAUAGGAGUGUGGUCAGAGACAUCGUCUAUAGGAGUGUCAUCAGAGACAUCAUCUAUACGAGUGUCAUCAGAGACAUCGUCUAAAGCAGUGCCAUCAGAGACAUCAUCGAUAGGUUUUUCACCAGAGACAUCGUCUAUAGGAGUGUCAUCAGAGGCAUCUUCCAUAGGAGUGUCAUCAGAGACAUCAUCGAUAGGAUUGUCAUCAGAGACAUCAUCGAUAACAGUGUCACCAGAGAAAUCAUCUAUAGGAGGUUCAUCAGAGACAUCAUCGAUAGCAGUGUCAUCAGAGACAUCAUCAUUUGGAGAAUCAACAGAGACUUCAAGAAAAGAAGUUUCCCAACAGACAUCAUCAACAGGGAUCUCAACGGAGAUAUCACCAAUGGGAGUGUCAACAGAGAUAUCAUCAUUAGGGCUGUCAAGGGAGACAUCAUCAAUAGGGCUGACAACAAAGACAUCAACAAUAGGAUUAUCUAUAGGGACACCACCAAAAGGAGUGUCAAUGGGCACAUCAUCAGAAACAGCUUCACCAGAGCCAUCAUCAACAGGAAUGUCAAAAGGAAUAUUAUCAAAAGGAAUGGUGACAGAUACACAAUUAAUAGGGAGCGCAACAAAAACAUCGUCCAUAGGGUUAUCAAUAGAGAGAUCAUCAAUAGACGUGUCGUCAGAAAAAUCAACAAAGGGAUUGUCAACAGAGACCUCAUCAAAUGCAGUGUCAACAGAGACAUCAAAAGGAAUGUCAACACCAACAGGACUGUUAACAGACACAUCAUCAACAGAGAUGUUAAGAGAGACAUCAUCCAUAGGGCCGUCAACAGAUACAUCAAUCGGGCCGUCAAAAGACUCAUCAUCCAUAGGAUUUUCAAAACAAACAUUAUCAAAAGUAUUAUUAACAGAGACAUCAUCAAUAGGGCUGUCACUAGAGACGUCAUCAGUAGGAGUGUCAAAAGAAUCAUCAUUGACAGGAGUGUCAACAGAGACAUCAUCAAAAAGAAUCUCGACAGAAACACCACAAACAGAGGUUUCCCAAGAGAUAUCAAAAGAGCUGUCAGCAGAGACAACAUCAAUAGGGAUGGCAACAGAGACGCCAUCAAUGGAAGUGUCGACAGAGACAUCAUCAACAUGGGUGUUGACAGAGACAUCUUCAAGAGGACUAUCACCAGAGACGUCAUCCGAUGAGAGAUCUUCAAUACUGUCACUAGAGAUGCCAUUGAUAAAGCCGUCAACAGAAACAUCAUCAAUAGAGCUGUCUACAAAUACGUCAUCAAUAAGGAUGUCAACAAAGGCAUCAUCAAUACGGCUGUCAACAGUGACCCCAUCAACAGAACUGUCAAAAGAAGUAUCAUCAGAAGGAGUUUCAACACAAAAUUCAUUAAAAGAAGUGGUAACAAAAACAUCAUCAAUAGGAAUAUCGACAGAGAUAUCAUCGAUAGGAGUGUCAAUAGACACAUCAUCAGAAGGAAUGUCAGAGACAUCAUCAAUAGGGUCGUUAACAGAUACAGUAUCAAUAGGGUUGUCAACAGAGGCGUCAUCAACAGGGAUGUCAACAGUUAGAUCAUCAAAAGAGCUGUUAACAGAGACAUCAUUGUCAAACCAGGUGUCAUCAAUAGAGGUUUCAGCACAACCAUUAUCUAAAGAAGUGGUAAAAGAGAUAUCUACUUUAGGGUUGUCACUUAAAACAUCAUUAACACAAGUUUCAACAGAGACAUCAUCAAUAGACGUGUCGACAGAGACUUCAUCAAAUGAAGUGCUAACAGUGACAUCAUUAAAAGGAGUAUCAACAGAGACAUCAUCAAGAAGAGAGCCGACAGAGCCAUCAUCAAAAGAAGUGUCGCCAGAGACAUACCGAACAGGGCUAUCACCAGAGACAUCAACAAUAGGGCUUUCAACAAUAACAUCAUCAAUAGAACUAUCAACAUUAUCAGAACAAUAUAGAACAUUAUCAAAAGGAGUUUCGAAAGAUACAUUAUCAAUAGGGCUGUCAAAAGAGACAUCAUCAAUAGGGCUGUCAACAGAGGCAUCAUCAACAGGUCUGUCAAUAGACACAUUAUCAAAAGGGUUGUCAACAGAGACAUCAUCAAUAGGGAUGGCAAUAGAGACAUCGUCAACGGGUCUGUCAGCAGACUCAUUAUCAACAGGGCUGUCAACAGAUACACCAUCAAAAAGAUUUCUAACAGAGACAUCAACAGUAGGAGUGGCAACAGAGACAUCAUUAUUAGGACUGGCAACAGAACAAGGAUCAUCGUUGUCAACAUCAUUAUCAACAAAAGAAUCAGAAACCUCGUCAUCCUUAUCAUUGUCUUCAACAUUAUUAACAGAAUCAGCAACAAAUAUAAUUGUAUCAACCGAAUCUAUAUCAAUGACAACAAAUUCAAAAACUUCUUCAGGAGGUACAACAUCAGAAGUAUCUACCAAUACAAUGGAGACAAUCUCCACAGAAACUCUUACAACAGAACAAGGAUCGCCAUUUAUAAUAACAGAUGGAAUAACGACUAAUGCAAUAACUACUACAAAAGAAACAGGAGUAGAAUCAACAACAAUGACGUCAACUGAACUAAGUAGUGGUUUAUCGACUACAGGGCACUCGACAACACCAACAUCAAAUAAACCUUUCAUCAAACUUGAGCCCAUCCGAAUAUCAGUAAAGAACGACAUGGUGGAAGUGUAUGACGGUGUUGUUUUAUCAGGUCAUGUUAUAAUGGAGCAGUACAGUUCAGGUCUCCAGUUGUGUGCUAUGGAAUGUUUAAAAACAGUGGACUGCCAUUCUAUCAAUUUUAUAAGAGAAAAAAGAGUAUGUCAAUUAAAUUCAGCCUCAUCAACUGAUUCGAUGAGUUUACAUGAAAUGAAAGGGUAUUUCUUCACUCGCAAGGAUCAGUGGCCAAAGACGAUGUUAGGUUACUGUCGGAACAAAACAUGUGGACCACAGGAGAGGUGUGUAGAGUUGCGCAGUAGAGCAGCAUGUAUCAUUGUUAACUGCACAAAGCCUCCAACACUUGCAAAUGCUUAUACGUCUGACUAUUUGAUACAUGUUGGUUCAAAAAUUAAAUAUAAAUGUGUCCAAGGAAAAAGUUCAAAUGCUCCAGAGGUGGACAUGACGGUCAUAUGUCGAGGAAACGGUCAGUGGACAGUUGUGCAAUUUCAAUGUAUCUGAUAUAAAACUUUUUAAAGUAUU